UAAAAAAAUAGGUCGCGAAUUUUGAGGUUACUUCAAUUUGUCAGAUACCAAAAACUUGUGAUAUUAUUGUUCACUUAAAGUAUAUAUUAAAAUGGAUUCAUUAUCUACGGGUUCUUUGAGUGGAGUUCAAAAAGAGGAGUUGAUGGAUCAAGUGAAGCAGCAAAUUGCUAUUGCAAACGCUCAGGAACUCCUUACGAAAAUGUCAGAGAAAUGUUUCAAGAAAUGCAUCAAUAAACCUGGCACGGCAUUAGAUAAUUCAGAACAGAAAUGUAUUGCGAUGUGCAUGGACAGAUAUAUGGACGCUUGGAAUCUGGUAUCUCGGACAUAUAGCAGUCGUAUCCAGCGCGAAAGAACUAAUAUGUGAGGUCCACCUCGGUUACAAGAGGAAUCUCUCAAGUUAUUGCAGUACUGUACAUAUAGAACUUUGUAGACUCAGAGCAUGUUUUAAAUUGUGAGUUGUGGCUGCCUGUUGUUAUGUUCAUGUGUUAAAUAAAAUUGUUUUAGGUUGUUAUUGUUUUUUAUCUAUUGUAAAAAUCUCAAUGUCACAUCAUUAAUGAAACACAUGAUUGAUUUGAUGUCCAUAGAUCAUGUAAGCAAAUAAUGAAAAGGUUAUAGGAAAGUAGAAAUUUCAUUCACAUAUAAAUAUAAUACUUAUCAUUCAUAAUCUACCAUAUUAUUUUUUAAAGAAUAUGUAAAUGAACAUUCCAUGACAAUUCUUUACACAACAUUGCUACUUAUAGAAAAAGAAAUAUAAUACUGUUUUAAACUAAUUCGAUUUUA